GGGUGGGGUUAUUGUCACAGCCUUUGGGCCAUUGAGAUGGAAAGUUAGUCAACGUGGUCAUCUUUAGCUACUUUUGGUAUAGGCCUAUAAAGUCUCGAGUGGCUGCAGUUAAGUCAGUCACUUGAUUUCGUGUGUCGUAAGGUGUUGAAUUCUUGUGUUAGUGGGAUUGAUAUUUUUGAAAGUCUCGAUUUGCAGCACACAUUGAUUAUUAUUUUAUAAUGGCAGAAGGUGGAUAUGAUCCAAGGGUGUCUAGAAAUACUUCCGUAAACAAUAGGCCAAAAUUUAAUCAAGUUUGCAGGUAAGUAAUAGUCAAUAGAUUUUAAACCAGGAAUUUGUUCUCUUAGACUCUUUUAUUCUUAAUUAAAUCAUGACAAUUUUUAAAGCUAAAUUAUUAUUACUUUUUUUAAAGUUGAAGUAUAUUAAAUUAAUUUCAGAUUUUAUAAUUGAAAUUGAGUUUUUUCUUAGUUAGACUUCACAUUUUCAUUGUUAUUGUUGAUUGUAUUGUAUAGUAUGUGACAUGUGUUGAUAUUGUCAUUGUUGCAUUUACAAUAAUUUACAUGCCAUGUCUUGUCUUAUACUUAUGUCAUGUAGGCCUAUACUUAAACUUGUCAACUCCAGAAGGCAGACUUAAUUUUGUGAUUGGUGGGGGCUUUUUAAAAAUGUAACAAUAAUUAUUAAUUAACCUUCAAUUAAGUAAGCUUUCUAGUCCUAGUGGCAAUACUAUAUAUUUAAUUAUAUGGUAAGCCAAUUGUAUUAUAUAGGCUAGAGACUAGAGAAAAAUAGGAAGUGGUCUAAUAGUAAUUAAUACUAAUAACAUUCUGAUCAGAGGAUAGUAAGGACAAAAAUAGUAAUUCUAAUUGCUAAUAAUAAAUAAAAACUAAGUCUAUGCCCUAUUGCAUAAUGAUAUAAUAAUAUGGCUAUUGACAAGGUAUUUUGAUAUAACUUUAUUAGAUAUCGGACCAUCAUAUAAAUAAGUGUAUCAGUUUGAUUUAUUGGACUGUCCUGAUAACUUUUGGCUCACAGUCACUCACUGUCUUUUGUGGAUCAGGAAAUGAAGAACAUGAAUUAUAUGAUUGAUGUGUGUCGUGUGUAGUUAGUUGAGUUGUAGGCUUACUAAAUUACCAUGAUUCAAGAAAUCACUAUGUGAAGUGUGUGUCUAACCCUGAAUGUACCCAGCAUUAAAUUAUUUAACUGUAUAUUAUUAUUUGGCACUUAAUGAUCUGUUGCUGAACUCUGAGGAAUUCCUUCAAUUACUGUCAUUGCCAAUAUGGUAUGUAGACGGCUUAGACAAGGAAUGUUUUUUACUUACAAUAAAAUAACAUUAAUCCAAAAUAAAAAAGUAUUGAUGUUAAGUAAAUUUUUUAUUGUUUAAUGUGUUCUAUAUUGCAUUGAGAAAGCCGCCUGAAAAUUUGGUAACAUUAUCUUUUAAAGUAAAGAAGUUUUGGGAAAAAUAAAACAAAUGUGGAGAAUUUUCGUUAAAUACAAAGAUAAAUAAUAAGUGAUUUAAAAAAAUUCACCCAAAAAAUAAUUGAGAAGUCCACUUUUAUUUGAGAUAGAGAGAUGAACUUAGUCUUUUUACCAAUUUAAAAAAAAAUGAUCAACUAACACAUUCAUACAUCCUAUAAUUCACGCCAUUCAUUUCCUGAUCCACCAAAGUCACUGAGUGUCAGCCAAAAAUUAUCAGUUAGGACAGUCCAAUAAAUCAAACAGUAUAUUAUUAUAGGCCUAGGUCUACUAAACUAUCACUUUCAUAUUUUGUAUUAAUAUUAUUACCUUAUUAUUUUGAAAUUAUUUAUUAAUUACCUUACUAUAGGCAUACGGUGGUUAAAAAAUCCUAAUUUGGAAAUAUUCAUGUGCAUUUUCGUCUUUCAAAUCCAUUUUUUUGUUGUUGUAUUUUAUGGCUUCUUGGUUCAAGCUUGUGACUGCCUUGGUUAUACACUGAACUAUUUUGUUACAAUAUUCUUAUUAUUAAAUAUUAUGGUUCCAAAUUUUGAGGAGCAUUCACAAAGAUAUUAAAUCAAUAUACGAUGUAAAAUCAAUAUACAAUACACAACGUAAUAAUAUACCGUAUAUUUAUGAUUGAUAAACAGCCAGCUGUUUGUUUCUGAAGCUUGGUAAAGGAUUGGAAAAAAUGUGUGGAAAAAAUGUAACUUAUUUAUAAGAUAAACAAAUAGACAGUUUAAUUCAAUAAUUGCAUUUUAUGAAUUUUUUUUUUUUUAAUUGAUAUUUUACUCAAUGAAAUUAUUGAACUCAGUCAACAUUCUAGAAAUUAUUAGUUGAGAUAAAUUAUAUUUUCAUUAAUUAGGCCUAUUAGAAUAAUUUAGUUUAAGACCAGUUUUCUUUAGCCACUCAAAGGCAUCAUUUAUACAUCUGAUUUAGGCAUAUUAUAUUAUAUCCAGUAUUUUGUACAGUUUUAAACAUUUUUUUCUAUUUCUAUAGCCAUAAAAUAUUCUGCAUAAGUUUUUCACUAGAUUUAAAAUACAAAGAUUUUUGCACAUGACAAUGACAGCACACUUUGAAAGUCAUAACGGUAUUAAUGCAAUAAAUUGAACGUUGGUGAAAAGGAAGCUGAAAUUCUAUUUUAUUCACAUAGCGCCUAAGGUAAAAAAAACAACUAUCCACAUGUUUUUCCCCAGUACAGUGAAAAAUUAGAAUCUAUAUUGGUGGUAACUUUAUUAACUUUUCUUAUAUGUAUUUUCCUUCGUUAAUGUAAAUACAGGAAUAUGUAUUGCUACAUCUAGCACAAUUAACCAAAUAAUAUGCCUAAUUACAUCUAAAUUGCUCACAAAUUCAUUUUCUAAAUCAAUCUUUAACAAAAACUCAGUCUGACUUAAACAAGCUAUUUUUAUUUAAAAGAUGCGAUCUUUCCAGAUGUUGACAUGCUAAAAUGUGCGAGCAGUAAAGAGGAUAAUUAUCCUAUUUUUUCAAUGUUCAUUUUUUUUUUCUAUGGUUUUUCAUGCUGUUGUACAGUUCUUGGGAGUUUUCGUACAGUUUUUGCUCCCACAUGUUGGCUUGUAUGUAAUGGAUCAGGAGCAGAAACUGUAUGAUUUUUAAAUUUGGUAUAUUGAAGUGAUAUUUUUAAAAGUUAUUUUACAGUAAAAACAAUUAGUUUUUGUUUUUUCUAACACUAUGUGAUCAACUUUAUAUAAAAUAACUUUCUUAUGCAUUGAGACAUUUAAUUUGGUGUUCAAAAAAGUGUAAUUCUAUUUGUGUAAAUAGGUAUUUUCUACAUGGGGCUUGUAAUAAAGGUGAUAGCUGUCUUUACAACCAUGACCGUUCAAGAGCUGUACCUAUGGACACGAUAUGUAGAUACUACCAGUACGGUCAGUGUGCAUAUGGAGACAAGUGCAGGUUUGUUUUAAAAUCAAGAUGUCACUUUUUAGGGAUACCUUUUAUUAGCUUAUAGAACAUUGGAAAUGUUAACUUCAUUAUUUUUUUAAACUACAUUUCUUUUUAAAAAAAAUCACAAUUACAAAUUUCCAGUUAAGGAGUUAUCAGAUUUAUAUUAAUGAUAUGAAAUAUUAUAUUUUGAAAUUAUUUAAUAAUUACCUUACAAUAGGGUGGUUAAAAAAAUCCAAAGUCGGAAAUAUUCAUGUGCACUUUCGUCUUUCAAAUCCAUUUUUUAGUGAAAAGAUACACACGAAACGAAAAGUGAAGUCUAAGAACUGCCUCAAAGGGCUUAAAAUUUUAUAUAACGUAGCCCAUUUAAUUAAAAGUAUACAGAUCAUCUCAAAAAACAUUUUGAAGAAGAGAGCAGAAGAUGGGCCACCAAACGUAUCUAAUGUUUAGUUGUUUGCUUAAUUGCUACCAGUAUAUUGUGUUGCUCUGUCAACCUUUUCAUUGAAAGCAGUUUUUAUGAAAUGUAACAUUUCUUGCUUUGUUUCAUGGUUUACUCUGCCAGAGAAAAAAAGCUAAUGGCACUAAAAAAAUAAGUGUAAGCUCUAAAAGUUCAAGAUAGUCAUCUCGUGGUAGAGUUUCAGACUCAAGUUGCAGCACUUCUAAUAGAAAAUUCAAUUGCUUGAUUUUUAAGCACCAACAGAUUUCCAUUUAGUUUAGCAUAACAUAUUCACAUGUUUCAUAAUUUGAUUUGUCUUAUAUUUUGCCUAUACUCUUAAAAUCUCUUAAAAAACAAUCCAUUGGGCCUGAUUUUGAACCAUAUAAGGAUUUGAAAGUGUCUCCACAUAGAACUUCUGGAAUAUGAUGUCCUUACAGCUUUCCCUUUUUUUAAUAAGAAACAAGAACGCCAACUCUUCCUUCUUUUUGUACACCAUCAAAGUGAACAACUAAUUGACAAUCAACUAAGAACUUUCCGUCAUAAUUCUCUUGACAGACUCAGAAAAAUUUGCACCAUCUUCUUGUUAAACACUGUAUGAUCUUGCUGCAGCUGCAAGAAUAUAGACAGUCUUUCAAUUACUUGUAUUUGUAUUAUCUAGUGUAUGUGCCAAAAUCUUGAAAACCCUUGCAUAUAUGAGGUAAUUUCUUUUGCACUUGACUGAAUUUGAUGAUGAUGCACCUUCCGUUUUCCUGACUAGGUUCACUAUUAUCAUCCGAAUAAUUAAUUAGACAGUGUUACCUCGUCAUUGUUUCACAUUUUCUGAUUUCUUCUUUUUCUAUUUUAAAUGAAGCCUUUUCUAAUUUUUUUGUGCUAAUUUUGUGUCCAUCGAUAACAUAUUUCUUUUGAGGAAGCAGUUCAAUCAGAAAUGUUUUGUCAGAUUUUAUCAGAUUAAGUGCCUUGUGGUGUGAAAUAUCAAAAAGUGCUUAUUUAAAUUCACAAACUCUGUUUCUUUUGCAACUUGGGCUUCACGACAAUAGUUUUUUUUAUUCCGAUGUACAUGACAAUACUUGGUAAGGAACAUUUCUUUCUUCUGACACUGGAAUUCAAGUGUUGCCCCAAAUUUUUUUUUUUUUUUUUUUUUCUUUAUUACAAGUUUUUUCGUCUUUUUUUUUUUUUUAUUUUUUUGUUUUGUUUUUUAAGGAACAUUUCUUUCUUCUGACACUGGAAUUCAAGUGUUGCCCCAAAUUUUUUUUUUUUUUUUUUUCUCAAUUACAAGUUUUAUGGCACUUUUUUUGUUAUAAAUUAUUGGUUUUGUCUUGGCCGUGGGUGUCUUUGUCCAGUAUAGUACUCUUUAAAGUACUCAUUCAAAACAUCACUUGAAGUUGACAGGGAACGUACGGCCAUCGAAAUCAUUUAGUGGUACCCCAAGUAGGUAAGAAGCCCUUUGAGAUCGGGUCGCAGCCAUUAUUCAUCUGUACAGGUAAUAGUGCUAAUCUUAGAGGGCUGUGAUGCAGUGAUUAAUGAACUGCAUUUGAGAUGAUAUUUUGCUCAGGCACUUUUUACAUGAUAAGGAAAGGGGAAAUUCAUGUGCUUUUGAAUGUCAUUAUUGUUCACUUUUCACUAUAUCUUUUGAACCACCCUACUGUAUAUACUCAUUAAUGAGCCUGAUCACUCAUAAAACGAAACCCCUUAGUUUUGCAAGGGAAAAGCCUGAAAAGAGUGUCUCUUGCUCAUAAACCGGCCUCAUAAAAUUAUAUGCUAGUAGAAGUAAUAAGGUAUUAAAGAAUGUAAUUUAUAUUAUUGAUAAUCCAAAAUUUUACAAAUAUUAUAGUGUAAAAUUUUGUAUAAAAACAAAUUAUCAUACAGUUUUAUGUAUAAGUAUAACGUAUACUGGCUUUGCAUGUCUACUGGUAUAUAUGGUAACCAUACUGUAUGUAAAAAAAAAUGGGACCUUGGCAAUCUACAGUAUUUUGAUAGGCAAUCUCAGCAGUAGCAAAAUGAGGAAAAAACGUGAUCCAAUACACAAGGUUUUAUGUUGACUUCGUUUUUUUAUAUAUUAGGAUCAAUGUACUUAAAAAAAAGACAAUGUAUGAAAAUCUACUAUAUUCCUCUCAUAACCUGACUACUCCACUUAUUCCCCUGAAAUAUAUUUUCAAAAACAGUCAGCUUAUGAACACGUAAAUACAGUAAUAGAAAUAUUGUAACAAAAUAGCUUUAGCGUCGUUAUUAAAUGACAGAGUUAUCAAAAACAAACAAAAAAUGAUCUCACCAUCAGGUACGACCAUGUGAAACGUCAGGUCAGCAGCAAAGAUGAAUCACCAUCAGAAGUGUAUUCUCAGCCCACACAAAACGGAAGAGCCCUCCUGCUCCAAGACAAGGACCAAAGAACUUCCAGUAUGGUGACUCUUAAAAAAGGGGGGGUUGAUGAGCCAAGCGCCAAGAAAAUAACUGUCAGAGAUGAGAAAAAGUGGGUGCAGGCCAGGGACUUUGUACCAGGACAAAAAUAUUACGGGGCAGGUAGGUCAUCCAUGAAACCCAUAUUGGCAUAAAACAUGAUGUAUUUUAUCACUUGAAAUUAAAUUUUAGAUGAUUUCUUUAUAUCUGUGCAGUGGGGGGGGGGGGGUGUGGCUGAAGGGGAUUGGUGGCCUGGGGGCAUUUACCCCCUUUUUAAAGAGGGUCCACAUUUUUGAGUUUUAUUUCAUGGAUGGGGUGCAUCAAGAUUCUCCUCCCACCUUUGGCAGCACUAACCCUAGCAAUGCAACUGUUUCUGUGUAUCUGUAUGUAUCAUGAACUCAAUAAUUUUAUUAAUAAAAUUACAGUCAGCUAUGCGGAUGCUGUGCAGCCAUAUUCAUUACCUCAACCAGCCAUUGAUGAACCACAGUUUCAUUGUGAACCACCGUUGCUUUGUCCAUACUUUGCCCAUGGUGACUGCCAGUUUGGUGUGAGUUGCCCAUAUGUGCAUGGUGAUAUCUGUGAUAUGUGUGGGAUGCCCAGGUUGCACCCAACUGACCAACAACAGAGGUCACAGCAUGAAAAGGUAUUACUUUCCUGUUGGUCAACAAUACAGAAGAUAAUUGAUAUGCAUGAAAUAUAAAAAUAAUUUUCUCAAAUUACCAUGUAUUUGCCAUUAUGUUGAUACUUAUAAUUCCUUUAACAUGUAACAUAAACUUAAUGAAAUUAAUCUUCUUAUAUAGGAAUGUCUAGCUCAACAUGAGAAAGACAUGGAGCUGGCAUUCACCAUUCAAGCCAGUAAAGACAAAGAGUGUGGAAUUUGUCUGGACAAUAUACUGGACAAAGACACCCACGGCCAAGACAAAAGGUUUGGUAUUCUUGAGAACUGCAACCAUUGUUUUUGCCUGGACUGUAUUCGUCAGUGGAGGAAUAAUAAGAGUGUAACCAUUGAAACUCACAGGUCAGUUUGAGAAAUUAAUGCUAAUGAUAAAACUAAAAGCAUGUUCAAGUAUUGAUGUUACUGACUGGGGAACAACCAUAAUAAGUAGAGACAGUGUAGGAUUCAUAUCCCGGAUUUAAUAAAUGUAUUCACCUGAGGAGUCUUUUAAUGUUUUUUUUUAAAGUAAUUUUUAAUCUCUUAAGAAAAUAUCAAAUUGUACAUUGAAAUGAAAUAUGAUUUUUUUGGGGACAUAUAAAACAUUUUCAUACAUUGAAUUGAGUUUUCACCAUGAAUAUAGUUGUUUUUUUUCCCAGGUCAUGCCCCACCUGCCGCACUCAUUCUGAUUUUGUGACCCCCAGUAAAUAUUGGGUAGAGUGUCCAGAGGAGAAGAAGAAACUCAUUGAUGCAUACAAGCAAGCACUGAGGUAAGUUACAUAUAAAGUGCCUCAUUGACUCGCCCUCUUUUGUUUUCUGAUGAGUUGCUUCUAAUUUUUCAUGUUAAAUUUUUUUUUUUUUAAAUGUCAUUGCUUUGGUUUAUCUGUAGCUUUUUCAAUUUUAACUUUUGGUACUUUAUAUUUUAAAAAAAAUAAAAUUUGACUAAUCUAUUCUUCAAUUGGAAUGAUAUUUCAAAUCGGGAUGUUAAUUAUCAUGGAUUUUUUUUUCUUCUUCUCAGACAAAUUAUCAGUUUUGAAAUCUGAGAAAAUUAACAAUUAAAUUUCAAUUAAUUUCAUUAAUCAAACUUUCAGGCCACCCCCAACCACCCAAAAUCAGUUUUUCAAUGGGAAGAUAAAAUGAAAUUUCCAAUUACUGCGCUAAAUUAGAUUCUUUAAAAAAAAUAUAGCAAGUGUGUUAGGUGCAUAAUAUUUUCUUUUGAUUUUCUGAAAUAGUUGGUGAAAUAAAGUGUAAAAGCGGGUGGGUCGUUAGAAUAUUAAUAUAGUUGAUGGGUGUUGUGAAAAAAAUGUGCGGUUGCGAGCCUUGCGAUUCUUAUAAAGUGUGCUACUUGUAUGGAUAUUUUCUUUAAUUUUCAGCCUCACCACCCACCCACCCCACCCCCCCCCACCCCCUCUUUUGCUCUGUUUUACAUUUUAUACGGAAAAAGGUUGUUUUUAGGGGUUGUGUAAUAGUUCAUUUGUUUCUAAGGGACUAAUUAUGGAAAUGAUAUUGGUGUCCAAAUGUAUCUUACAAAUGAAAAGUAAUGUGUCUAUGAAAGUUCUAUGUGGUAUUUGUUGACCUUCUAUUUCUUGUUCUUUUUUCUGGCUGCCUGUAGUGAACUUUUUAAACUAUCUCACACAAUAGAGGAAAUGAGACAUUUGAUUCAAGACCCAGAUUCUUAUUACAUGCUGCAUAAAAUCUUUGAAAUUAUCAUUGAUGAAUGCACUCAGGAGAGAGAUAUCUCUGUGCAAAAGUAUUUAAAUGAGCUGAGGAUUGAGGUUGAAGCUAGGCUUUCGAUGGUAGAGUAUUCCAUAGAGACACUUCUCUAUGAAGUCAACUUACUUUUUGUUUCUAACAUGCAUUGGUACAAUUUGUUUUACUAACAUUGUUUUUUAAAUAAUUUUUGUUACUAAUACAAUUAAACAUAAAGCCUAUGUGAAAUGAAAAUGUGUAAAUGUCUAGUUAUAUAGAGAUUAUAUGUAUUCAGUAAGUCCAUAUUUGUGAAAACUUCAGGUUUAAAAAUAUUCACAAUUGAGAACUUCCAUUAUAUCCUCUAACAAGGGUCUUAAACAUUUUUUUGGCAGAGCAUCCCACACCCUGCCUUCUUGAUUAAAAAAUAUUUCCAGCGGCUAAUAUUCAUUUCAAAAUAUAUCCAGCGGCUAAUCUCGAUUUCUAAAUAUUUCCAGUGGCUAAUCUCGAUUUCAAAAUAUUUCCAGCUGCUAAUCUCGAUUUCAAAAUAUUUCCAGAGGCUAAUCUCGAUUUCAAAAUAUUUCCAGCGGCUAAUCUCGAUUUCAAAACAAUUUCCUGCAUUCCAUGAUAAAAAGUAGUUAAAACAUUCAAAUGAAACUAAUUUUCUGCGUCUUCCAGAACCUCCGAUACGGGUCUUUUGAACCCCUGGUUCUAGAUCCCCUGCUCUUCAAAUAUCUAAAGUAAUUAAUGUAAUGCACUAACUCAGUGGUCGGCAAAUGGAGUCCGCUCGGCCAGAAAUUGGUUUUGACUCCGAAAAACAUGGUCCUUUACAGGUUCUUGAAAAGAAAUUUGACUCUCAAAAAUAUUUAAUUGUCCUGCUGCUAAUUUUUGGCUCUUUGGACUAAUGAGGUUGCCGCCCACUGCACUAACCAAUCAAACAUUUAGAUAUUUCUUAUCCCCUUUUCCUGUCUCCUAUAUUAAUAUAAAAUUUGACAUAAACCAUGAGUGUUCCAGCUAAGAAAUAUGAAAUAUAUCUAUAACCUAGAGGAUACUCCUGCAAAGUAAAAAAAUUUUUGAAAUGAGCAUUUCCAGAAUAUUUUAUCUGAAUGUAAAAUCUUUUGUUGCUGUCUUAUUACUUUGUGUUACAAAACGUACUAAUUAUUUGACUUAUACAUUUUAGAGAAGGCAGUUAGUGUAAUAGUUUCUACAUGAGGAACCAAAUUGCAAUUGUAUAUCUUAAAAUUUAAAUAACAAUAAAUAAAUGAAAAUUAUAUCUUUAAUACUAAUUGUCAUUUUGCUUAUUUAGAAUGUGUUAUUCAGUCUUCUUUAAAAAUGUGUCUCUUUCUUCUUCUACAGCUCUAAGCCCUGCAAUUACUUCAAGGAAGGUAAAGGAGAAUGCCCAUUCAACUCCAAGUGCUUUUACAAACAUGCUCUCGCCGAUGGUAGUAUUGUGUCGGGGAACCUUGUCCAGCGACGCAGGAGGACAAACGCCGACGGCGAGAAUUUAAUAGAAGAUAACCUUUCACUCUGGGACUUUGUGGAGAGGCGUGAGCAUGAGAGUGGGUACUCCUUGCAGGAUGAACUUUCUAUUGUAUUAAAUAGGAUCUUGCAAUAUGAUUCUGAUGAGGAUGACAACAACAACAACUUAUUACAUUUACAGUACAACUUUGCACUCACUGACUCAGAAUCGGAUUCAGACAGUGAUUUCGUAUAAUAUUUUUUUACUUCUCUGAUUUUUUGUUUGGUUGCUGUGUGGGUUUCGUCAUUGAUAAAUGAGGUGCCUUCUCACAAGAGAAAUUUUUUUUGGUCAGGAGUUUAACAUCAAACUUAACUUAUUAGCUGUUUAGUCAUUUAUCAGUAUAAUACCCUGAUAAGUCAUUACAUUGCUAGUGUGUGGAGAAUAAUCUUAUUUCAGAAAUAUUUUAAAGGACAGACUUCGGGUCUGGUCCCAUUUAGUAAAACUUGAGCAUUGACAGUAAGUAGUUUUCUUAAGUCAGUUAAUGUUCCAUACCCAAAGCAGUUAGAUAUAAUGUCAUUUGAACACAAGAAAAUAGUUUAAUCUUGUGAGGGAAAUGACCAAAGAAAACUUUUUUUUAAACUUAUGAUCAUGAGAGGUGAUUGUUGAUUGUUUUAAGGAUUUUAUUUUGACUAGAAAACACUGUGUCUUUCAUCUCAUUCAAAUUAAAUUAUGUUGUGCUAUUUUAUUGCUUUAGAAAGAAUAACUCAUUAAGUUAGAGUUUUUGGAAACAUAACUCCCUGCUGCUGUCUUAAAAACAGCAGGCCCAUAGGAUUUUUAAAAAAUGUUUCAAAUGUUUUUAAGUCUUUUACAGCAAAUUAAUGGAGUAAUAUCUUGAUUGAAAUUCUUCUUCCAAAAUGACUUAAAAACGUUUUUGCAGGUGUUAAUUGCAUUGGCAUGUUUGACAAAAAUGAUUUUGUUGAUUUUGAAAAAUCUUAAGCGUUUUCAAGAACUAUUCACAUUGAUAUGGUCUUAACUCUUACAAAAAUCGAUACCUGUAAUUUGAAUUGUUUUGUGUUUUAAUUAAUGCUACUUAUGUUGUACAUUGUAAUGACAGUAGCAAAUUGCAGUACUUUAAUUAUCAUUUGGCAUUGCAAGACAAAAAAAGUAUACAAAUAUUUCUAGUAACUGUUAGCUAAGAAUAGACUGUAUUACAUUGCACAGCAUCAGAUGCGUUAUUACAUUGUACAGAAUCAGAUGCAGAGAUCAUCUUUGAUGCUAUACAAUAUAAAUAAUAUAGUCUUGAGUUUAGAGUUCUCAGAUUUCAUUAGAUAUUAUUCUUAAAUAAAAAUGUCAUUGCACAACUGAUUUAUGCUAAUGUAUGAAAUUAAUCCAAAGGUAUGAAUAAAUUAUUGUAUAUUUAAAC